AUGGCUUCUGGCAUUCCCGAGGUCGACCUGGUCACCCGAGUCCAGGUCGACAACUCUGUCGUUGGCCAAACCGAGAUCGACGAAUCACUUUACAGCCGACAGCUAUAUGUUCUCGGCCACGAGGCCAUGAAGCGUAUGAGCGCAUCUAACGUGCUUGUUGUUGGCUUAAAAGGCCUCGGCGUCGAGAUUUCCAAGAACAUAGCUCUUGCUGGUGUCAAGAGCUUAACCCUCCACGAUCCCACACCCGUUGCCAUCGCCGACCUAUCAUCUCAGUUCUUCCUCCGCCCAGAUGAUGUUGGGAAGCCGCGCGAUGCUGUCACGGCUCCCCGUGUCGCCGAGUUGAAUGCCUAUACACCCGUCAGCAUCCAUCAAUCACCUAGCCUCGGUGACAACCUCUCCCAAUUUGACAAGUACCAAGUUGUUGUCUUAACCAACACCCCUCUCCACCUUCAGCUAGCUAUUGGCGAUUAUUGCCACUCGAAAGGUAUCUACUUUGUAGUUGCGGAUACCUUUGGGCUGUUCGGCUCGAUCUUCUGCGACUUUGGCAGCGAAUUCACAUGCCUCGACGCGACCGGCGAAAACCCAGUCAACGGAAUAGUGGCUGGCAUCGACGAGGAGGGUCUAGUUUCGGCAUUAGACGAGACUCGACACGGAUUAGAGGACGGCGACUACGUUACAUUCUCCGAAAUCGAGGGUAUGGAGGCUUUGAACGGCGCCGAACCGAGAAAAGUAACGGUCAAGGGUCCCUACACCUUUUCUAUUGGUGAUGUCUCCGGGCUUGGUCAGUACAAGAGCGGAGGUCUCUAUCAGCAGGUUAAGAUGCCCAAAUUCCUUGACUUCAAGCCGAUUUCUGCGGCUAUCCGUGAUCCCGAGUUCGUUAUCUCCGACUUCGCCAAGUUCGACCGACCCCAACAGCUCCAUGUCGGAUUCGAGGCACUCCACGCUUUUGCUCAGUCCCAGGGUCGUCUACCCCGACCGAAGAACGAGGAGGAUGCUGCUGUUGUCGUCGCAUCUGUCAAGGCCUUCAUCGAAAAGGAGAAGUUGGACCUCGAGGUCGACGAGAAGCUUAUUAAGGAACUUAGCUACCAGGCUCAGGGAGAUCUUAACCCCAUGGCUGCUCUGUUCGGUGGCCUCGCUGCACAGGAAGUUCUAAAAGCUGUCUCUGGAAAGUUCCAUCCGAUCAAACAGUGGUUCUACUUUGAUUCGCUAGAGUCUCUUCCUACUAGCUGUGCCCGAAGCGAGGAGCUCUGCAAACCAAUUGGAUCUCGAUACGAUGGUCAAAUCGCAGUCUUUGGUAAAGAAUUCCAGGACAAGAUCGCGAAUGUCAAACAGUUCCUUGUUGGUGCGGGUGCAAUCGGCUGCGAAAUGCUCAAGAAUUGGGCCAUGAUUGGCCUAGGUGUAGGACCUAAGGGCAAGAUUACUGUUACCGACAUGGACUCGAUUGAGAAGAGCAAUCUGAACCGUCAAUUCUUGUUCCGACCUAAGGAUGUUGGCCAGAUGAAGAGUGACUGCGCUGCCAAAGCCGUACAGGCUAUGAACCCGGAGCUCGUAGGCCACAUCGAAUGCUUAAAAGACCGUGUCAGCCCCGAAACGGAGCACAUUUUCAACAAGGAAUUUUGGGAAUCCUUGGAUGGAGUCACAAAUGCUCUGGACAACGUAGAUGCGCGAACUUACGUUGACCGACGAUGUGUCUUCUUCCACAAGCCUCUUCUCGAGAGCGGUACUCUCGGCACCAAAGGAAACACACAAGUGGUCCUCCCUAUGCUAACUGAAUCCUACUCGUCAUCUCAGGACCCGCCUGAGGUAUCCUUCCCUAUGUGCACCCUGAGAAGUUUCCCGAACAGGAUUGAGCACACGAUUGCGUGGGCCCGGGAGCUUUUCGAGACGUCCUUCGUGAAGUCUGCCGAAACAGUCAACUUGUAUCUGUCUCAGCCCAACUAUCUCGACACAACACUUAAGCAAGGCGGUAACGAGAAGCCGACUCUGGAGACGAUUCGUGACUACCUUGUAACAGAUAAGCCUCUUAGCUUUGAAGAUUGUGUCAUCUGGGCGCGAAUGCUAUUCGAGAAGCAGUACAAUAACGCAAUCCAGCAGCUCCUUUACAACUUCCCGAAAGAUUCCGUGUCCUCCACCGGCACUCCCUUCUGGUCCGGCCCCAAACGUGCCCCGGACCCAUUGAAGUUUGACCCUAAGAAUCCUACUCAUUUCGAUUUCAUCGUUGCGGCUGCCAACCUCCACGCAUUCAACUAUGGUAUCAAGACUAAGGGUGUGAGCAAGGACCUCUACCUGAAGGUAUUGGAUAACAUGAUCGUUCCUGACUUCUCGCCCGAUCCGGGUGUCAAGAUCCAGGCCAACGAUAGCGAUCCUGAUCCAAACUCUAACAAAAAUGCUUCUGCAUUUGACGAUAGCACCGAGAUAGAGAAUAUCAUUGAUAGCCUCCCGGCGCCCAGCGAGUUGGCCGGAUUUAAGUUGACACCCGUCGAGUUCGAGAAGGACGACGACACCAAUCACCAUAUUGAUUUCAUCACAGCAGCCAGCAACUUACGAGCUGAUAACUACAAAAUCGAAAAGGCCGAUAGACACAAGACAAAAUUCAUCGCCGGAAAGAUCAUCCCGGCUAUUGCCACUACGACCGCGUUGGUCACAGGUCUUGUCAUCCUAGAGCUGUACAAGAUUAUCGACGGAAAAGAUGAUAUCGAGCAAUACAAGAACGGGUUUGUCAACCUCGCGCUACCGUUCUUUGGCUUCAGCGAGCCCAUUGCCAGCCCUAAGGUUGAAUACAAGGGACCAGACGGCAAGGUCACGCUAGACAAGAUCUGGGAUCGAUUUGAGAUUGAGGAUAUAACCUUAAAGGAGCUUCUGGCCGACUUCCAAAAGCGUGGUCUUAACAUUAGCAUGCUAAGCUCGGGAGUAAGCUUGCUUUACGCCAGCUUCUUCCCGCCCGCGAAGUUAAAGGAGCGAUACCCGCUCAAGCUGAGCCAGCUUGUGGAGACCGUCUCUAAGAAGCCCAUUCCGGAACACCAGAAGGAGCUCAUCUUCGAGAUGGUGGCUGAGGACUUGGACGAGGAAGACGUGGAGGUGCCAUACAUCAAGGCUUCUAAGAUCACAGACUGGGUCCAGCCCGGAGACACCAGCGGCGAAUUCAAGCGUCCCAGCAGCUCGUUUCGUAACUGGAUUUCUACGGAGCCCGGUGCGCAGUUCCCGCCUGAAAAGGGCCGGUAUCAUCUCUACGUCAGCUAUGCUUGUCCCUGGGCCACACGGACCCUAAUCGCAAGGAAGCUUAAGGGGUUGGAGGACUUCAUCUCUUUCUCUAGCGUGCAUUGGCAUAUGGGAGAGAAGGGAUGGCGGUUCCCUACCCCGGAAGACAGGGACGCCGAAGGCGAAAACGUGAUCCCGGACCCAGUCCCCGGACACGAGAAGUACACGCACCUACGCGACGUAUACCUGGCAGCAGACCCGAACUACAAGGGGCGCUUCACGGUGCCGGUGCUCUUCGACAAGAAAGCCGACACCAUCGUCAACAACGAGAGCAGCGAGAUCCUGCGGAUGCUCGGCACCGCGUUCGACGCGCAGCUGCCGCCCGAGUUUCGCCAGGUCGACUUGUACCCCGAGGCGCUGCGGCCGCAGAUCGAGGAGGCGCACGGGUGGACGUACGACGGCAUUAAUAACGGCGUGUAUAAGAGCGGGUUUGCGACGACCCAGGAGGCGUACGAGAGGAAUGUUAGGGCGCUGUUCGAGGCGCUGGAUAGGGCGGAGAAGCAGCUGGGGGAGACGGGGGGGCCGUAUUUCUUGGGGGAUAAGUUGACCGAGGUGGAUGUUAGGCUCUUCCCAACGCUAAUCCGGUUCGACCCGGUUUACGUGCAGCACUUCAAGUGCAACGUCCGCGACAUCAGAUCGGGGUACCCGCGCCUGCACGACUACACGCGCAACCUGUACUGGAAGCACCCCGCGUUCAAGGACACGACCAACUUCUUGCAUAUCAAGAACCACUACACGCGCAGCCAUACGCAGAUCAAUCCCCAUUCUAUCACGCCGCUGGGCCCGCUGCCGGAUAUCUUGCCGCUCGAGGAGGAAGUGGAAGCUGUGAAGGCUAAGCUGGGGAAGAAGUAGAGGGGGGGGUUGAGAUGGAGGAGGAUGGGAUGAGAUUGGAUAAAGGGGGUGUUUAGGCUUGGGAUUGAUUCUUUAGUCUAUAGUAAAUUUCACCGGUAGUACCGUGUAUCUUAUUGGUCUAUUGAUACGGCCUAUUGGCAAUUCAGAGGAGUCAAAUUUGUUAUUAUGUCUUAGGUACCCAAGGUACUUAUAAUUAGGCAGAAGCAUCCUGUUAAAUAAAUCAGGG